AUUGGGUCAUUGUAGAGGUGGAGCACAAGAGUUCGAAGGAAAAACUAUGACUGCAGUGGAUGUGUAUAACUCACUGUGCCACUGGAUGACUGAGCACCAUCUGAUAAUCCCACAUUCAGAGGAAGACAUUCGGGAGAUUUGGAGAGGAUGGACAACGGAGACUAUGAUGACGACAAUGACAACUACACCUACAACGACAGCGACUACUAUGGCGACUUACACUCAGUGUGCGACAAAGCUGAGGUGCGCUCCUUCGGCCGCCUCUUCCUGCCCGUGGUCUACGCGCUAGCCCUGGUCGUGGGAGUGGCCGGCAAUGCCCUCGUUGUGGGGGUGUACGCGUCACAGCGGCGUCUCCGCACACUGACCGACGUGUGCAUCCUGAACCUGGCCGUGGCUGAUUUGCUCCUCCUCUUCACACUGCCAUUCUGGGCGGCCGACGCCGUGCAUGGCUGGCGGAUCGGUGUGCUCGCCUGUAAGCUCACCUCCUUCCUCUACGCCACCAACUUUGCCUGCGGCAUGCUGCUGCUGGCCUGUAUUAGCGUGGACCGCUACAGAGCGCUGGCCCAGAACAGCAUGGCUCGAACCAGAACCGGCCCGCGGGUCAGGAGGGAGUGGAUAAUAGUGUGUACUGUUGUGUGGGCGACGGCGGUUGGCCUGGGCCUGCCCGACGCUGUGUUCUACACGGUGAAGCCAACAACCCACCGGCCGGUCUGCAGAGCCGUCUACUCCCACACCAUGGCUCAGCCGGCCAAGGCUGCCCUGGAGCUCCUGGAUGUGCUGCUGAGCUUCGUGCUUCCCUUCCUGGUCAUGGCGGUGUGUUACAGCCGGGUGGGCUGGACGCUGGUCCGGAGUGGAGCCGGGGUGCGCCGGGAUAGGAGGUGGCGGGCCAUGCGGGUGUUGCUGGCUAUGGUGGGUGUCUUCCUUCUCACCCAGCUGCCCUACAACGUGGUGAAGCUGUGGCGGACGAUGGACGUCAUCUACGGCCUGGUGACCGACUGUGAAGUCAGCAAGGGUCUGGACCGGGCUCUCCAGGUGACCGAGAGCCUGGCGCUCACGCACUGCUGCGUGAACCCGGUGCUUUAUGCCUUCAUAGGCUCCUCCUUCAGAGGUCACGUCCUCAGGGUCGUCAAGGGCCUCGGGCAGCGCCUCGGGGGGAGGCGGAGGGGCAACGAAGAGCCGGCGGUGGAGAUCUCGCUCAGCACGCACACUCCAGGCGGGCGCGCACACUCAGACUCCUCCUCCGAUGACGAGGACACUAGCACUUUUACCAUCUAACAAAACUACAGGGUGGCUAUGGAUUAUGGUAACCUAAAGGGCUAAUGCGCAAACAUUGCUACAGACCGUCACUGAAAAUACAUAGAAGGGGCAAUCUGGGAUUUCAGUAACAACAAAGCGGCGGAACAAGAUUUUAUGUUAGUUUAUGCAGAGACAGCUGAACUAACCUUGUGAGGCAUUUUUAAUUUUUGCACAUUAUGAUUUAUUGGACCGAAAAGUGGUGAAAGAUUGGUCAGAUUUGAACCCGUCAUGCACCCAUUUAUGUGCACUAGAGACAGCAGCUUAAACUGCUGGAGCAGCCCGGGCCACCACCCAUGAGGCAUUCCUGAGUGCAUUCCUGUGUUGUUCAGCUGGUAGAUAAUGGCGCUUGCAACACCAGGGCUUGGGGGUUUGUUUCCCAUGGGAUUCAAGUGGCAAUAAUGUGUGCUCAUAAUGUAAUUCACUCUGGACAAAAGCGCCUGCUGAAUGACUAAAAUGCAAAAAUACAAAUAAUGAUUUCAAAUAAAAAAAUAUUUUAAGGUCAAAAAUGAAUAUGCACCAAUCCCAGAUUGCCCGUUUUAAACACUUGCUCUAACCCAGCGUUUGUAGACACCUCUGCUGUACAUAAAUACAGUGUUAAGUAAUUUUUUUUGAUGAUGCCUUUAUAUGGUAUAAUUUAAUCAUAUAUUAUGCAGUAUAUAGUCAAUAUUUAGUAUAGAAUGAGCCCAUUUAAAUAAAGCAAAGCUGCUUUUGUGCACCUCC